GGGGCUGACAAUGACAUAAACCCAUUCUGGUCUGGUCAUAAAUAUAUGAAUACAUGCGUGUACGUCAAUUUGUCGGAAAAGUACUCUUUUGAGUAAGUACAGGGAAAAAGGGCAUUUACUACUUUUUAACCUUUUUAUGGAAAUCUGCAAUGACCUCUAUGACUCAUGUUCUUGUGCGUUUGAGACUUUGAGUUCUAUAUUAUUUAUGAUAAUCCCUUGGGUUCAUGAAACCGGCACAACACACAGGUUGCACAGUGAGAAUGAGGAUUGAAGAUGGGCUUGAUCAAGUCUCUGCAUCAAGAAAACAUCUUGUAUUUGCUUACUAUGUUACUGGUCAUGGCUUUGGGCAUGCCACUCGGGUUGUUGAGGUUGUUCGACAUCUCAUUAGUGCCGGGCAUGAUGUUCAUGUUGUGACUGGUGCACCUGACUUUGUCUUUACCACUGAGAUACAGUCUCCUCGACUCUUUCUCCGAAAGGUACUCCUUGACUGUGGAGCAGUUCAAGCAGAUGCUUUGACUGUGGAUCGCCUUGCUUCCUUAGAGAAGUAUUCCGAGACAGCUGUAGAACCUCGUGAUUCUAUUUUGGCAGCAGAAGUUGAGUGGCUAAACUCCAUCAAGGCAGACUUAGUGGUUUCGGAUGUUGUCCCAGUUGCAUGUAGGGCAGCAGCUGAUGCUGGAAUUCGAUCUGUUUGCGUCACCAACUUUAGGGAAUUGCAAGCUGGUACAAUGAUGGAUUUUAUGCAUAAUUGGAACGUUCUCUCUGUCUCAUGUAGUCAGUUCUUAAGGAAUUGCAAGGAGGGCACAGGUGCAAUUUCAAAGCUUGUGAAGAAUGAUACUUCUACACUUCAAAACUCGAGUUGGGACUUCAUCUAUGCGGAAUAUGUGAUGGCUGCUGGAUAUCAUCAUCGAUCGAUAGUUUGGCAGAUAGCAGAGGAUUAUUCUCACUGUGAAUUCUUAAUUCGCCUUCCCGGAUAUUGCCCAAUGCCUGCUUUCCGUGAUGUGAUUGAUGUACCUUUGGUCGUGAGGCGGUUGCACAAAUCUCGAAAGGAGGCGAGGAGGGAAAUUGGAAUUGCAGAUGAUGUCAAGCUCGUUAUCCUCAACUUUGGUGGACAACCAGCAGGUUGGAAGUUAAAGGAGGAGUACUUACCUUCUGGCUGGCUCUGCCUGGUUUGUGGAGCAACUGAUAAGCAGGAGCUCCCUCCAAAUUUUAUCAAGCUUGCAAAAGAUGUGUAUACUCCUGAUCUAAUAGCUGCAUCUGACUGUAUGCUUGGAAAAAUUGGAUAUGGAACAGUAAGUGAAGCCAUGGCAUACAAGUUACCAUUUGUAUUUGUGCGUAGAGAUUACUUUAAUGAAGAACCAUUUUUGAGAAAUAUGCUUGAGUAUUAUCAAGGGGGCGUUGAGAUGAUCAGGAGGGAUCUACUCACUGGACACUGGAGCCCAUACCUUGAACGUGCAGUUAGUUUGAAACCAUGCUAUGAGGGAGGCAUUAAUGGUGGCGAGGUUGCAGCUCGCAUUUUGCAGGAUACAGCUGUUGGGAAGAACUAUGCAACUGAUAAGCUUAGUGGGGCUAGGAGAUUGCGCGAUGCCAUUAUUCUUGGGUAUCAAUUACAACGAAUCCCUGGAAGAGAUAUCUGCAUCCCAGAUUGGUAUGCUAAUGCUGAAAAUGAACUUGGUCUUCGUAGUGGAUCACCAACUACUGAAAUGAACAAUAAUACCUUCAACAUGGACUCAUACACUGGGGACUUCGAGAUUCUUCAUGGAGAUUUUCUUGGUCUUUCUGAUACAGCAAAUUUCUUGAAGAGCUUGGCAGAACUAGAUGUUUUAUAUGAUUCUGGAAACCAUACCGAGAAGCGCCAGAUGCGGGAGCGCAAGGCUGCUGCUAAUCUCUUCAAUUGGGAGGAAGACAUCUUUGUUGCAAGAGCACCUGGAAGAUUGGAUGUAAUGGGCGGAAUUGCUGACUACUCCGGAAGCCUAGUCUUGCAGAUGCCUAUUAGAGAAGCUUGCCAUGUUGCUGUGCAAAAGAUUCAUCCUAGUAAACAGAGGCUUUGGAAACAUGCCCAGGCUCGGCAGCACACUAAAGGACAAGAAUCAACGCCUGUGCUACAAAUUGUAUCAUAUGGGUCAGAACUAAGCAAUCGCGGUCCAACUUUUGACAUGGAUAUAUCUGACUUUAUCGAUGGAGAUCAACCGAUGUCAUAUGAAAAGGCAAGAAAAUAUUUUGCCCAAGAUCCAUCCCAAAGAUGGGCUGCAUAUGUUGCUGGGACGAUUCUGGUUCUAAUGAAAGAACUAGGUGUACGCUUUGAGAGUAGUAUAAGCUUGCUGGUUUCUUCUGCAGUCCCAGAAGGUAAAGGGGUAUCUUCCUCUGCCUCUGUGGAGGUUGCUAGCAUGUCUGCUAUAGCUUCUGCACAUGGACUGGAUAUUAGCCCAAGGGAACUUGCUUUGCUUUGCCAAAAGGUAGAGAAUCACGUAGUUGGAGCUCCUUGUGGUGUGAUGGACCAGAUGACUUCAGCAUGUGGUGAAGCCAACAAACUUCUUGCAAUGGUCUGCCAGCCUGCUGAGGUACUAGGGCUUGUUGACAUUCCAAGUCAUAUACGAUUUUGGGGGAUCGAUUCAGGAAUUCGGCACAGUGUCGGAGGUGCAGACUAUGGAUCUGUGAGAAUAGGAGCCUUCAUGGGUCGAAAGAUAAUCGGGUCUACUGCAUCCACAAUGUUGCCCCAGUCAGUGUCCAUUGCUAAUGGGAUGAACCCAGAUGAAUUAGAAGAGGAGGGUACUGAACUACUUGAAGCUGAAGCUUCAUUAGAUUACUUAUGCAACCUAUCACCUCACAGAUAUGAAGCUCUUUAUGCUAAGAUUCUUCCUGACUCUAUGCUUGGUGAGACAUUUCUGGAGAAAUAUGCUUGUCACGAUGAUCCGGUAACUGUCAUUGAUACCAAGCGUAAUUAUGGUGUGAAACCAGCCGCUAGACAUCCUAUAUAUGAGAAUUUCCGGGUCAAGGUUAGUAACUCAUUUGUAGUUGGAGCAUAA